UUGCUCUGACAUAGUUUACGUUUUGCUGAGUGACGACCGACGCACAAUAGUAUUUCCAUAUCGUUAGAUCUUAUUCGGAUAUAUUAAACGGUUCAACAGUCCAUGUCAGCAUGUUUCUGUUCACACCAAGGGGAAGGUCUGGGUCAGUGGGCUCAGUCGCUUCUACUAGGAGAACAAGUGUGAGUUCAGACAUGGAGUCUUUUCGUUCAAGGCAACCACGUAUGGAGGGAAAUCUGAAAUGGGUAGACACUCUGGAAUGUUCGCAUGAAGUGAUGUGUUGUCGCUUCCAUCCUGAGGGAAAUGUAUUGGCAGUGGGUCAAGCAGAUGGGACAAUCAAAGUUUUCAAUCCAGACACGGGGCAGCUUCUCCAUGUAUUAUCAGAUGAUGAGACCAUCCACACUCAUUUACCAGUGACCAGCAUUAACUUUGUCAUAGCAAUGGCAGGAGAUGACAAAAUUGAACAUUCUCACAUCCUGAUGGCAACAU